CAGAGGGCCAUCCCAAGUCACAGACCGGAGAGGAACCUCAGAAAGAGGACACGUGUGAAAAAGUUACAGUCAUGGAGUUCAGAAUAAACUCUGUCUCUAGAAGUGGAAUCGUCCUCCUGCUGAUCCUUGUAGGAACAGAGAUACGGUCUACUGCUGUCCAGAACCGCUGUGACAGGAACGUACAAGUGAUGACAAAGUCAGAGUGCCAUUCAUGCACCAUAAGUGAAUUAAUGAACUGUCCAGCGGGCUAUAGCAAGAAGACGUCCGGCAAGGGCCAGCAGGGCUGCAGGUAUCAGAUCAAAACCUCAAACAUGUUUACUCUUUACCUCAAUGGCUGCUCGCACGACUGUUUCAAAGAUCUGGUGGAAGAACAAUGCUGUCCAGGGUACUGGGGCUACAACUGUCUCGAGUGUCCAGGGUCAGCAGCUGCUCCAUGUAAUAAUAACGGGAUUUGCUCUGAUGGUAUCGGGGGCGCUGGAAAUUGCACUUGUAAAGCAGGAUUUGUGGGAACAGCAUGUGAGAAAUGUGAAGAGAACCGAUACGGACCCACAUGCAGCAAUGUGUGCACCUGUAAGCAUGGCGUCUGCAACAGUGGACCGAGAGGGAAUGGACAGUGCACCUGUUUUUCAGGAUAUACAGGACUAGACUGUGACCAGGAGCUCCCAGGUUGUGCUGCUCUGCGCUGUGGUCCUAACUCACGCUGUUUUGAAGACCUGACUUCAAGAAAUCUGGUGUGCAAAUGCCAACCUGGUUACUUCAGUUAUGGAGCUCAGUGUACCUCGAUUAAUCCAUGCCAGAAGCGUGUGUGUCAUGAGCAUGCCGUGUGUGUGCACACUGGGCCGAACCAACACACAUGUACGUGUAGUGAAGGCUAUCAGGGAGACGGGCUAGUGUGUCUGCCCAUCGAUCCCUGUCAAACCGACUAUGGCGGCUGCCAAAGCAACUCCUCGCGAUGUGUGUAUGAUGGACCUAAGAAGGCUCACUGUGAAUGUCUAGAAGGGUUUGAGAAGUUCGUCGUGGGAGUAGGCUGCAGUCUGAGAGAUGCGUGUGCACCAGACUCCUGCCACAAGAAUGCCUAUUGCACUACAGUGGCACCAGGAACAGUGGAGUGUAAAUGUCAAGAUGGUUUCCUUGGCAAUGGAAAAGUCUGCUUCGGCAACAUAAUCCAGCGUCUGAAAGAACUAAACACUGACCCUAAGAGCCGUUCAUACGGUCAGCUCUCGAGUGCCAUCAGCUUGUUUGAGGGCGCCAUGUCCUGGCCUCUGACCUCACUUGGACCAUUCACUGUGUUUGUGCCAAAGAACAGGGCUUUCAAAUCAACUCAGUCUGUGAAAUCUUUGCUGUUAGAUCAAGUGAAGGCUCGCUAUCUCAUAAAGAUGCACAUGGUCCCGGGAGAAGUGAACUCUGAUACACUGAGGAACGGAAUACUCUAUUACACCCUGACUGGGAAAUCAGCUGAGUCAGUAACGGAGUCUGGCCAGGUGAAGGUCCGCAUCCAUGGCAGUCGUAAAAAAGCAGUGCUGUUGGAGUCGGAUAUCAUCUCUACAAAUGGGAUGAUUCACAUCGUUGAUAAACUUCUGGACACAGUCUCUUCUACUGUAAUAAGCGACAGUCAGGAAAACCUGAUGAAAAUUCUGUCAGACAACGGCAAGUUCUCCAUGUUUAAGUCUUUAAUCAAGAAAACCAACAUGGUGGACGUUUUGGAAGAGGCUGGUCCCUAUACGCUGUUUGCGCCCACAAAUGCAGCGUUUACUUUAAUAAAAGAAGACCAGCUAAACUACCUUCAGUCUGAGGAGGGUAAACCGAAAUUACUGGAAUUACUGAGAAACCAUGUUGUAGCCAUGGCCCAGCUGAAAGCCAGCUACAUCGUAUCCAUCUCACACACCAUAUCCAUGGCUAAUCAAGUCCUGACAAUUAAUGUGACUGCUAUGGGUCAAAUUCUGGUUAGUGGGGUAGCAGUAGCUGAGGCAGAUGUUGAAGCAAAGAACGGAUGUUUGUAUUCACUGGUGGAUGUUCUAAUCCCGCCAUCCAUAGAACCCAUCCUUCCUCAUCGAUGUGAUGUCAUGGAAAGUAACGUUUAUAAGAGUCCAUGUGUCAGCUGUACGUCAGUCUCCAAGGCUACCUGCCCGACCGGCGUCUCACUGAACACAACUUCCACAGGCUGUGUGUACAUGAAGAGAACUUUCGGCAUGAAUGUUCCUGUUCUAGGCUGCAGUCUGUUCUGCAACGAGACCCUUAUUAUCCCUAAGUGCUGUAAAGGCUUCUAUGGAGCAGACUGUUCUCCUUGCCCUGGUGGUUUCAGCACCCCGUGCUCCUCUCAUGGCAAGUGUUUGGAUGGUAUUGAUAACAACGGCACGUGUCAAUGUGAGCCCAACUUCAAAGGAUGGCGAUGCCAAUACUGCGCCGACCCCAACAAAUACGGCCCUUUCUGCAACCAAACCUGUAGGUGUGUACAUGGUAUUUGUGACAGUCGGCCCGACUCAAUUGGAGCAUGUAAACCACAAUCCUGUCAACAAGGCAUCGUUGGAGAGCUGUGUGAUGAACAUGAACUUCCCUGUGGGCCGAGCCAAAAAUGCCACAUCCACGCCACCUGCAUCCUGGAACGAGAAGGGGAGCAACACUGUGUGUGUAAGCCUGGUUACAUGGGCGAUGGAUUCCAGUGUGUGCACGAAGACCCAUGUACAUGGAGUCCGAACGGGGGCUGCAGUGACAAUGCGGUAUGUGUGCAGCUGGGAAGGGGCAAACACAAGUGUGAGUGUCUGAGUGGGUGGAAAGAGGAUGGAGAUGAGUGUCGGCCUGUUAAUAACUGUUUGGAGCCGUCUAGAGGGUGGUGUCAUCCUAACGCCUCCUGUGUCUAUCUGGGUCCAGGGCAGAAUGACUGUGUUUGCAAGCAAAAUUUCCGGGGCAGUGGGAAAGAUUGUGAGCCUGUAAACCAGUGUGUAAACCACAUGGGAGGAUGCCAUCAACUGGCCAGUUGUGUGAUGAAGUAUCUUGGAAAGUUUGAGUGUGUGUGCCAAACCGGUUACACAGGAGAUGGAAGAAUUUGCUAUGGAUAUCUGUCACAGGAACUGGAAAGCAACCUUAACCUGAAUGGAUUCAAUACAUGGGUCACUAAAGCAGAUCUUACAGAGAUGAUGUAUGAGAAGCAGAACAUUACUCUCUUCGUGCCCUCAUUGCAAGCAAUCAGUGAUAUGAGCAAAGAAGAUCAGGAUUUCUGGCUGUCCAGCAGCAAUACUCACAGUCUGGUCAUGGGUCAUGUGGUAUCUGGGCUUUAUAGAUUAUCAGACCUACGUAGCUCCCCGUCUCCACAAUUGGUUUCUUAUUUAAGAGGAACACUUCCUGUUGUCUGGACCAAUGAGACCACGAUGGUUGCCGGAGCUACGAUUACAUCAGGAGACAUUGUCGCCAAGAAUGGACUCAUUCAUCUGAUUGAUAAAGUCCUAAUCACUGAUCGUAAGCUGAGUGCUGGUUUACUUGUGGUGCUGGACAAGAGGCCAGAGUUCUCUCUCUUCAAGAACGCUCUGAUAACAUACAACCUGACUACAGACAUCGAGGAGGCCUCUGGCUUUACAGUUUUUGCACCUACAGACAACGCCAUCAGAGAAUAUCUGAAGAGUACAGGCCAGGAUUCACUGGACGUGAACAUAACCCAGUACCACAUUGUCCUGGAUGAGACUCUGAUGCAAGCUGACUUGCAGGAUGGUCUGUAUAAAGACAGUAUGCUGGGAUUCUCCUAUCAGCUGAGUAUAUUCUACAAUGACAACAACUGGUUUGUAAACAAGGCCCAGGUGAAUGUUACAGAUAUUAAGACUGAUAAAGGAGUGAUCCACGGAUUGUCCUCGGUCCUGAAGAUUCCUAAAAACCGCUGUGACACAGCCACCAGCAAAAUUGAAUGGGGAAAGUGUAUGGACUGCUUUAAUCCACCCGAGAAUCGCUGUCCAGCUGGAACAAAGCAACUGAAGUCGUCACCGAGGAGAUGUUUGUUAAAAACGAGGAGAAAUAAGCGGUACAUCGGCUGUGCGGCCCCCUGUGAAAAUCGCAAAAUUACAAGGAAGUGCUGUGAGGGAUUUUAUGGCACUGACUGUGAGAUUUGUCCAGGGCCUGAAGGCCAGCCAUGUUUUGGGAAUGGUGUGUGUGUGGAUGGUAUCAACGGCACUGGUGUGUGCCAAUGCAACCCUGGCUUUAAUGGCACAGGCUGUGAGAACUGCCAAGCCGACAAAUAUGGCAUCCACUGUGAUCAAGACUGUAAGUGUGUACAUGGCCGCUGUAAGGAUGGUUUAGAGGGAGAUGGCAGCUGUCAGUGUGAUUUGGGAUGGAGAGGAGUAUACUGUUCCAUAGCCAUUACCUCAGACAUGUGUGGAGGGAAGUGCCAUACAAGUGCAAAUUGCCUGAUUAAAAUACCGGAUAAUACGUACUACUGUAGCUGUGCAGCUGGUUAUGAGGGGAACGGUACACACUGCACAGUGGUGGAUGCUUGUGCAAACAAUAAUGGAGGCUGUUCUCCCAAUGCUGUAUGUAAGAAGAGUUCCCCAGGACGCAGGCAAUGUGCGUGUAAUCCCGGCCAUGCAGGGGAUGGACUAGUGUGUGUGUCAAUCAAUCCAUGUCUGGAAGACAGCGGAGGCUGUGGUAAUAACUCAAUGUGUGUACACACAGGAGCAAACAAGUCAGCAUGUGUGUGCACGCCAGGCUACUCCGGAUAUGGAAAGAGAUGUUCUCCAAUCAAUGUGUGUAGAAAGAAAAAUGGAGGCUGCUACCGAUAUGCUAAGUGUAUGAUGACAGGCCCAGGAGAGAGGAACUGCACUUGCCCAAAAAAUCACAUUGGAGACGGGAUAAACUGCAAAGACAAACUCAUGCAGGAGAUUCAAAAGAGAGGUCUGGAUAACUUCUACUCCUGUUUGCAUAGAGCUGAUAUCUAUUACCUUCAAACCCGAGGUCCAUACACUGUGUUUGUUCCUAUUAAUGAUGCAUUUCACAAACUGGAGAAUCAACAGGUGGUAAAUAAAUGGCUAAAUGCUGCCAUCCUGCUGUACCACAUAGUGCCAUGCCGGAUCCUCCUUCCAGAAGAUCUGCAGCAACCUCGCAACCUCACCACGCUCAGUGGUGAAAUCAUCACCCUUUCGUAUUCAGAGGGUACGAUACAAAUCAAUAACAAUGCCAAAGUGUUGUACAGCGAUCAAGAAAGUAGUAACGGGAUUUUCCACGAAAUUGACACUGUUCUGAUUCCAUCCAGUUAUCAGGCGGUGGAAAAGACUGGCCAAGCAAAUUCUGCCCUCCAGGACGUAGCAAAUCAACAUGGGUUCAAGACUUUCUACAAACUGUUGGAAGAUACAGAGGUGAUAAAGAAAAUACAGGAACCUCUCCACCAUCCCAUCACUCUGUUCCUGCCGACAGACUCCACCAUGGCGGCUUUACCUCAAGCACAAAAGGACUUCCUGUACGCCCUGCAUAACCGAGCUCAGCUGGUGGAGUAUCUUGAGUACCACAUUGUCCGAGACAAAAAGUUCCACUCUGCAGAGGUGUCGCAUUUUGAUUCACUCAAGACUCUUCAAGGCGCCGAUAUUACUGUGGGCUGCGUCGGAGAAGAUCAGAUUGGAGAACUGUAUAUCAAUGAUCAAAGUUGUCGAAUUGUAAAGAGGCAUCUGAAUUUCAACGAAGGCAUUGUCUAUGGUAUUGACUGUUUGCUAACACCACCCAGCCUGGGAGGACGCUGUGACAUGCAGGAUGUUGUAGACAUUACUAUGAACUGCAGAAGUUGUUCUUUCAGAUAUCCUGAUUGCCCUGCAGUAACCAAACCAAAGCAUACACAGAAAUGUGACUUGCCAAGGGCCUUCUUGUCUGUGAACUCGGGAUGCCAGUCUGUGUGCUCCGUGGUCAUAUGGAAACCCAAGUGCUGCCCAGGCUACUACGGCAGGGACUGUCUCGCCUGUCCUGGAGGACCUAAAUCUCCAUGCAGUAACCAUGGGCAGUGUGAUGACGAUCAUUUAGGAAAUGGCACCUGCACAUGUGAUGCAGGGUUUCAGGGCGUGGCUUGUGAACUGUGCACUGAAGGCCACUUUGGACCAGACUGCAAAGCCUGUAACUGCACAGAGCAUGGAACAUGUAAUGAGGGUCCAGACGGAACGGGCUCCUGUUUCUGUGAUGAAGGCUGGACUGGUCCACAAUGUGAACAUAAAUUAGCUGAUGGACCUAUAUGUUUACCUGCAUGCCACAACAAGGCAGUGUGUACCGAGAACAACACCUGUGUGUGUAAGCCGUUCUACGAGGGAGACGGAAUCACCUGUACAGUAACGGAUAUGUGCCAGUUAUGGAAUGGUGGCUGCUCAAAAAAUGCCAAAUGCACCCAGAAAGGAGAGAAAGUGAACUGCACAUGUCUGAAAGACUUUUCAGGAGAUGGAUAUGUCUGUUCACCGGUGGACCUGUGUGUUGAACAAGACAACGGAGGCUGCAAUGAGCAUGCCAUAUGUACCAUGACUGGACCUGGGAAAAGAAAAUGUGAGUGUAAAACUAACUACAUUGGAGAUGGGCUGACAUGUGAACUGAAGGUGAAUCCAGUGAACCGCUGUAUGUUGGAUAACGGCCAAUGUCAUUUAGACGCACAGUGCACUGACCUGCAUUACGAGGAUAAAACUGUUGGUAUCUUCCACUACCGUUCUCCACUGGGGAGAUACAAGUUGAAUUACACAGAGGCUCAAAAUGCCUGUAAGCAGGCAGGAGGCAGCAUUGCUACUUAUAUACAGCUCUCAUAUGCACAGCAGGCUGGAUAUUCCAUGUGUUCAGCUGGGUGGCUUGCACAAAAACGGGUAGCUUACCCCAUGACCUACUCCAACCCUCAGUGUGGAUUUGGUCAUGUGGGCAUAGUGGACUAUGGUAAUCAGACAGAUCUCAGUAAGACCUGGGACACAUUCUGUUACCGGGUAAAAGAUGUAAAGUGUGAGUGUAAGAUCGGCUACAUUGGUGAUGGAUACUCUUGCACUGGCAACAUCCUGCAGGUUCUCACCACCAAACCCAACUUUUCCAACUUUCUUUCACAAAUCAUGAAUUAUUCCCAAGCUGGAGCAAAAGGGCAAGAGUUUUUAAAGCGCCUCAGCAGUAUAUCGACACAGUGCACUCUGUUUGUGCCUGAUAACAAUGGCCUCUAUGAGAACCAGACACUCUCCUACAGAGAUUUGGAGCACCACUUGCUGGAUGGGAGAGCUCUCGUGCUGCAGGAUCUUAUUAACAUCAGUCAUGUUAAAUCAUAUCUGGGACACAUCCUGAAUGUGAAACGGGUUCCGAGUCUCCAAAAUCCCCAAACAGAGGCUUCUUCCGGAUAUGUCAAUGAACGUUACAUCAUUGAAGCUGACAUUCCUGCAUCCAAUGGGAUCAUCCAUGUGCUGCAGGGACCACUGAAAGCCCCACCACCUCCACCCUCGCCCCUUCCUCAGGCACAUAGAGCAGGAAUGGCGAUCGGUGUUAUAUUGCUAAUAAUUCUUAUCAUCGCUGCAGCAUUCGUGGCCUAUCACUUCUACAACCGCCAAACCAAGCCAUUCCAGUUCCACUACUUUAGGGAGGAUGAGAUGGAAGAUACAAGCUCACCUGAAUCUGCACCAUAUAUUAGUAACCCCAUGUAUGAGAAUACAGCUGCCCCUAGUGCCCAAGACGUCACCAUGGAAGCUAAGGACGACAAGCACCAGGUAGUUGAUGGAGGCUCGUAUGACCUGCUCCUGGAUAGCUGAAAAGACCUCAGAUGCUCUUUAGAGCUCGGGAUCCGUUCUGCCAGCGAGUGUUGGACACUCAGAAUCUGCAGGAUAUUUGGAGACUGUGGAAUGACAGCAACAUGGUGAAUAAUAAUGUUUUCAUGAACUGAAAUGGAUCAGCUGAUGAUUGUGUGUGUGGUUGAGAUUGCCUUUUAAUCUAGUUUUUUCUGUUACUACAUGAGGAACAAAUAAAGUAAUGAAAACA